ACUGAAAACUGUGACAUGUACAGCGAGAACCAAGAAUAUGAUCCCGAGAAGGAGAAAGUCAUAGAUGGCCUUUACGCUCACAUGUGCUACUUUUCUCCGAAAGUCCUCUGCGGUGUUCGGGCCUCGAUUGCAGACCAGGAAAAGCGGUUUAAACUGCCAAUGAUUGAAAUCGUCACCAAAGAAACCCCAGAAUGCAUCAUGGCCAGUGUGAUUGUGAAUCAAACUGUUGUGGAGGAGCAAAAGAGGCAUUGCUUUGAAAAGAUGUACAGCAGUAGAUUGGACGACACAUUAAACAUGCAAAUGGCCAUGCUGAACUUGGUCUUUCAGGCUCAGUGGAAGGAGUUCCCUAUGCAAGUCCAGAAAGGCGUUUACAAUAGAUUUGCAACUGCGCAAAUCAUACUGAAGAAAAUUGUGCCAUACCAGUGCUCAUUGGCUGAAGCUGAGCGAAUGGGCAUUUGCUGAAUAAAGACAUCACCCUGACAUCUCCAGGACAUGAUUAAAGAUAUAUUGACUAUAAUAGAGU